UGGUUCCUGACUUCAUCUUGUCGAACCAAGCUCGGAGCCACCGCCUUCACAUCUGUAACAUCAUUGUCAAGAUUCUCAGGGUUUCCUCUGUCCAACAGAGUACCAUUAUUUCAGGUUUUAGCAGCCUCCAGCUCUGCUACUACCAGUAGUAGUACCGGUAGCCACACAAUGCCCAAGACCAGCAGUAGUCAAGAGAGCAAGGAUGCCACUGGCGGGAUCAUGAUGAUUCUGUCUCCUGCCAAGACGCUCGACCUAGAUCCACUGCCCAACAACCACCCAGAGCAAGACAACUACAACCAAAACAUUCCGGAUGCGACUACAUUCACCAUGCCAGAUUGUCAUACAGAAAAUACACUGCGAGUGGUGAAAUCCAUGAAGACACGAACACAAAAAGAACUAGAAAAGCUACUUGGGAUAUCUGCCAAUCUGGCCAAAAAGUCUCAUGAGUAUUGGAACGACUUUCAAGAGGAUCCCACUACUAGCAAAGACAGCAAGGAAACCACCCUCAAACCUGCUAUCUAUGCUUUUUCAGGGGCGGCCUAUCAAGGCUUGCAAGCCCUGGAACGCUCCAAAGACGCCAUUCUAUACAUGCAAAACAAUCUACGCAUUGUCGAUCCGGUAUACGGAAUACUCAAACCCUUGGAUCAAAUGCAGGCAUACCGAUUGGAGAUGGCCACUCGCAAUCUCUUUGACGGCAAUAAUGGCAAAAAGAAGAAAAAGAAUGACAAUGACGACAACAAGAAUGCCCUGCCAUCCAAACUGAACGUGUAUUGGAAGGAUGCCGUCACACAACAACUGAGCUCCGAGCUAGCCACACGGCCCCAAGACAAACGGAUACUGCUGAAUCUGGCCAGUGAUGAAUACUCUGCAGCCCUGGAUGGAACCAUGUUGCAAAAGGAAACCCCCAGUGCUCAGUAUAUCAAGGUUGUCUUUCGCAACGAAGGACGAGUGAUUGCCGUUCACGCCAAACGAGCAAGGGGGCUCAUGGUUAGAUAUCUUGCCGAAAGACAAGCCACGACGUUGGAGGAUGUCAAACAAUUUGAUUUGGAAGGAUACAAACUGGUGGAGGACGACGAGGAUGAUGACGAUGCCAGCACAUUGAUCUUUGAUCGACCCAAACAAGCGCCACCGGCCAAAGCAAAAGCAGCAGGGAAGAAGCGUGCGAAGGAUGAGGAACCCACAAAUAAGAAGAAGCGCUCGACCAGGAAACGCAAAUUGUGAUAAAGGGUAAAUAGCAUUAACUAGCUGCUACUAGUAACUAGCUAGCUGCAGGAUACUAGUAUGGUGUAGCCAGGUAUUGAUGCCGGUAGUUGGUUUGCUUCCGCGUA